AUGCUCAAGACAGCGGGAGACGAAGAUGAAUCGAACGCAUCAAAGGUAAGGAUUACGUUGCGAAUGUUGCUUUUCCUGAACUCAGACUCACGCAUUGUUACANNGGCACAACAAGCUAUCCAGAUCUUUACCAUGCUGGUUGAAGGAAAACCAAGCCAUUCAAAGCCGAAUGCCAAAGCCAAUCGUAUGGUUAUCAGUUUCUUUGAAGCACAUAUCUUGGGCAUCAUGACCGAGUUCUCGAACUCGAUCGACAACACACUGUCACUGUCACCAUCAGAAAAGCUUCGCUGUGUCAAGGCGAUUGAACAAAUGAUCAUACUAGCUAAGAGCAAGGUCAGCGUAGCUCUUCCUCAGAUAAGAGCGUGUCUUCAGAGCGCCAUUGAUCAGCGUAAACUCCAAGAGUCAGCACUUUCCGCUUGGCUGACUCUGGUCAGUGUUCUUGAGGGAGAUGAUGUUGCUGAUAUGGUUGAUCAUACCUUCGCGCUCGUGGCUCAACACUGGGAUAGCCUCUCGUCGCCUCUGCAAAUGAAGAUCCACGAUACGAUCAGCGAGAUGGUCAAAACUCACAGCAAUGUGAUACGGGAGAAGCUCAUGACCAUACCAUCCUUGGCCUCAAUUCCGUUGAUGUCCAAGAUUGGCCUGGAAAUACAGAGAUUGAAGAAAGAUGAGCGUCCAGACGUCCAUCUUCGGGCCUUCGCCAAACGAUUGCACGAUGAAAAUGUUGCUAUUGUGACUCAGGGGCUACGCGAGCUGGUUCCCUGGCUUGGUGAGAACCAAACGUUUGUUCAUGAGGCAGCUGUCAGCGAACAGCCCAAGGCUGCGAUAGCUGAUGUCAUGCGUGCUUUGUUGGAUGUCUGCACCAAGUAUGCUGAUCAUGACUCCUCUGUCGUGGACCUCAGUGCACAAUGCAUUGGUAUCAUCGGCUGUUUGGACCCGAACAGUGUCGACAUGAGCAGCAGCAAGAGACAGGUACUCGUGCUUUCAAACUUUGAAAAAGCCUCCGAAGUUAUCAACUGGGUCGCUAUCAUGCUCGAGGACGUUCUGGUACCAGCAUUCAGAGCAUCCACAAACGCACGCGACCAAGGUUUCCUAGCUUAUGUCAUGCAAGAACUGGUCCGAUUCUGCGGUUUCAACGAAGCCGCAACUGCACGUGUAAGGGCAUCUCAAGCUGGCCCUGCCCACAGUCGCUGGGCGGAGAUGCCUGAAAACGUCCGGAAUACGCUUACGCCAUUUUUAAGCUCAAGAUAUCUGCUAAACAGCAGCUCGUCUGUUCAGCCAGGGAAGCGAAGCUAUCCAGUCUUUGGCAAUGGUAAACGUCACAGCACUUGGCUUCGCGAAUGGGCUUACGAUAUGAUGUGGAGAGGCAAAGGAGAUAAUGCAGAGAUGGUCUUCCCCAUUCUGGCACGCAUCAUCAACCGACACGACAUUUCAAUUGCCAGUUUCUUGCUCCCUUACGUAGCACUCAAUAUCGUUCUUGGCGGCACGGUGCAGGAGGCCAAAGACGUUGGAGUCGAAAUGCUGACAGUCUUGUCCACCGAGUCGCCUGUUGAGUCUGAGAAAGAGGCGCUUCGACAAUGCAGCGAGAAUGUCUUUGCUGUGUUGGAUUACAUGUCAAAAUGGCUACAGGAGAAGAAACGAACAAUGGCUGCAUACCGAGCUGCAGCUCUACGAGCUGGCCAUGCUCCUUCGGAAUUGGAGGAAGUCAAAGAUGUCGGCCAAAUUGAAAGCGUCGAGAGUGUGAUCAAUUCGAUCCCAGCUGACAUUAUUGCUCAACGUGCUAUGGAGUGUGGCUCCUAUGCUCGUGCUCUGUUCCAUUGGGAGAGCUACAUUCGAAGCGAGUCUCGGAGACAAACCAAUCAAAACGCCAAAGAGCACGAUGCAAUGUUCCAACGUUUGCACUCGAUCUAUUCUCAAAUAGAUGAGCCGGAUGGGCUUGAUGGGAUUUCGGCACAUCUCAACAUCCUUAGUCCUGAGCAACAAGCUUUCCAACAUCAGAGAGCAGGCAGGUGGUCAGCCGCGCAGAGCUGGUACGAAUUUGAGCUCAUCAAGGAACCUGCCAACACAAGCCGUCAAAUGGAUCUUCUAAGCUGUCUUCGAGAAUCUGGGCAGUACGAUCAAGUCUUGCGUUACGCAUCAUUUUACAAAGAAAAUCCGAGUCAUAGCGAUAAAGUUUCGCUCUUGUCAUACAUCACGGAGGCAUGCUGGACUACAGANAGAUUUGAUACGCUCAAGGACACUCUCGCGGAUCUUUCAGAAGAUAGUCAGACCGAUUUCAAUGUUGGAAUCGCCAGAGUGCUCCUCGCCAUGCAAGAAAGAGACCAGAGUGCAGUGUCAACCAUGGUCAACAAACUCCGCAACACUGUGGUCAAGGGCAUUACCUCUGUCUCUGGAAGCUCGUUACAGGCUUGCCACGAUGUUCUCCUGAAGCUCCAUAUUGUGUAUGAAAUAGGUGCACUCAGUGGCGCGAUCAAUGUCCCUGCCGCUCAAGAUCCAGCUGCUACAUCGAUUAUUGCAGUCAUGGACAAGAGAUUGGCCGUCAUCGGUUCAUACAUCUCUGACAAACAAUACUUGCUUGGCAUUCGACGUGCGGUCAUGCGAUUGUCCAACGUCGAUUUCUCAAGCGUCAGCAUUGGCAGUUCAUGGCUCACAACAGCUCGUCUUGCACGAAAGACGAAUGUCUCAACCGUCGCGCAUUAUGCUGUACUCAACGCGUUCAGCUGCGGAGACGAUGCAGCCAAGAUAGAACAUGCUAGGCUGCUUUGGAAAGACGAUCAGCACAGACAAGCCAUCCAGAGUCUCGAGGGCGCAAUUGCAUCCAAUACGUUCGCAACCUAUGAUCAGAGGAUGGUUGACACCAGCAAUCCUGAAGAAGCACAGCAGAAGCAAAACAUGCUUUCUGCAAGGGCUCAUCUGCUACUUGCCAAAUGGUUAGAUGCUUCUGGACAGACGCAGGCAACAAAGGUCGUAGGCAAGUAUCAGUAUGCCGCCAGGCACUACUCCAGGUGGGAGAAGGGCCACUACUAUCUGGGCAAGCAUUACAACAUGCUGCUCGAUGCUACAAAACUUCUUCCUUCGAGCAAGCAGUCUGAGCCUUUUGUUUCUGGAGAGCUGACUAAGCUGGUUAUCGAGAACUAUUUGCGAUCUGUGCCGUUUGGCUCAAAGUACUGGUACCAGACAAUUCCAAAGAUCAUCACGCUCUGGUUGGAUCUCGGUAUGGAUUGCAUGCAGAGAACCAGAAACGAUGUCCAAGCUGAUACGACGGCCAAACGUUCACACUGGCUGGAUGCAAUUCACAAGCAAAUGAAGAAGUACUUCGACCGCAUACCUCCGUACAUUUUCUACAACGCUCUGCCUCAGAUGAUUUCACGUAUCACCCACCCAAACCCCAAGGUUUACGAAGUGCUGUCGAUGAUCAUUCAGAAGAUUGUUUCGACUCAUCCUAGCCAAGCACUUUGGUUCUUGUUAGCGGUUUGCAAGGCCACCGCAUCGGAUAGAGCAAGCCGUGGCGUGGUCAUCAUCAACAAGCUGAAGGACCCUAAGAACAGGCCUAAGAGCGAAUCAGCUAGUUUAGACCUGCGAGUGAUGAUCAGUCAUGGUCAGAAAUUAUCGGAUGGUCUACUACAAGCUUGUGAGAUUCACAUCGAAACACGGUCGGCGAACGUCAGUCUGUCUAAAGACCUGAACUUCAAUCACAAGCUGGCUCCUAAUCCUCUCGUCAUACCUCUGGAAUCUACCUUGACAGCCAAUGCUCCUGUGGUACAAGACGCUUUCCACAUUCGCAAGUUCGUGGCGUUCGCUCAGGAACGCAUCACGAUACAAAGCUUUAGUGAUGAAGUUCUGGUGCUCAACUCUUUGCAACGACCACGAAAAUUGACAGUCAGAGGUUCGGACGGAAAACAGUAUGGACUCUUGUGCAAGCCAAAAGACGAUUUGAGAAAAGAUCAACGCCUUAUGGAGUUCAAUACGAUGAUCAACAGAGCUCUCAAACGAGAUACAGAGUCGAGCAAGCGUCGUUUGUACAUCAAAACAUAUGGUGUGACGCCAUUGAGUGAAGAAUCUGGCACUAUCGAGUGGGUCGAAGGGAUCAAGCCUCUGCGCGACAUCCUUCUGAAGUUGUAUCAGCGAAAAGGUGUCCAACCUAACUAUAACGAAUUGAGAGUCUUCCUUAGUGAGGCAAGCUCUAAUCCGGCCAACGUGGAUAUCUUCACUGAGAAAGUGCUAAAGGUCUUCCCAUCAAUCCUUCACGAGUGGUUUACAGAGAUGUUCCCCGAGCCCGACUCGUGGUUCGCUGCUCGUUUGAGAUAUGCUCGCUCAGCGGCAGUCAUGUCUAUGGUAGGACAUGUACUUGGACUCGGUGACCGACAUGGAGAGAACAUCUUGCUGCAAGAAGAUACUGGUGGUGUCUUUCAUGUCGACUUCAACUGUCUUUUCGACAAAGGUCUCACAUUCGAGAAACCAGAACUUGUUCCGUUCCGCCUGACACACAACAUGAUUGCGGCAAUGGGGGCCUACGGAUACGAAGGACCUUUCCGCAAGUCGGCCGAACUGACACUGGGCUUGCUUCGUCAGCACCAAGAUACUCUGAUGAAUAUUUUGGAGACGUUCUUGCAUGACCCGACCACGGAUUUCAUUGGCAAGAAAAAGAGGACUACGCCGGGAGUGCCAGAGACGCCGCAAGAAGUCUUGGACUCGGUCAGUGGGAAGUUGAAAGGAUUGCUCAGAGGAGAAACUGUGCCGUUGAGUGUUGAAGGUCAUGUCAAUGCUUUGAUUGGACAGGCCACGGAUCCCUGGAAUUUGUGUCAGAUGUACAUUGGAUGGUGUGCAUUCUUGUAA